AUGGCAAAAGAAUUCCAGGAUAAGAUAGUCCUCAUAACCGGAGGUGCCAGCGGCAUCGGCCGCGCAACAGCCGUGAAGCUCUCCUCUCUCGGUGCCAAGCUCUCCGUCUGUGACCUCAACGAAUCGGCUCUCGCAGACCUGACUUCAGCUGUAGACACACAGGUCUAUACACAGACCGUAGACGUAGGCAACACAUCCCAAGUGGAGGACUUCGUAGCCAACACCGUCCAACGCCUCGGCGGCAUCGACUUCGUCUUCAACUGCGCCGGCGUCAACCCGACCUCGAUCCCGCUCGAAGACACGCCCGACGCCUACUGGGACAAGCUGGUCAACACCAACCUCAAGGGUGUGUUCCUCGUCACGCGCGCGUGCCUGCCGCAUCUCGAGCGCGGGAGCUCGAUCGUGAAUGUGUCCUCGAUCUCGGGGAUUCGCGGCUCCGCACUCCAGUCGGUCUACUGCACGACUAAGUUCGGGCUGAUUGGCAUGUCCAAGUCGCUGGCACUUGAAUUAGGGCCGCGUGGGAUACGUGUCAAUUGCGUUGCUCCGGGGUACAUAGAUACGCCGACUAAUGCGGGGAUUGUGAAGGGUGGAGAGGCGGUGGAGAGGAUGCGCAUGGGGAAUGCGUUGGAGAGGCUUGGGACGCCGGAGGAAGUGGCAGAUGUGGUGGCGUUCUUGAUGGGCGAAGGAGCGCGGUAUGUAAAUGGUAGUGUGGUGGAGAUUGAUGGCGGGGUGAAAAUGAGUAGUACGACAAGUAAGUCAUGA